CUGGUUUUAGCUUUACUGUUAUUUUAUAAUUUCCCAUGCAACAGUUACAUCCAGAACACUCGUCGUUCAUACAACAGAAUUCUAAAGGACAAAAUGCUGGCCGUGCUUUUCAUCCUGGGGGUGUUGUGUCCCCUAAACUUUGCAGAGAUACCAAUCAGUUUGCUGAAUCCCAACACCGAUGGGGUGCUGGCGAGUACAUUUCCAAACUCUUUUCUACUCCAAAUGCCUGACUGCUCGGUUUAUGGGAACCAAAGUGUUUCAUUGCUGUACACAGAAGUGCCCGCCAAUCUAAACAAUACAGUGAAUUUCACAGUUCAACCUUGUCCUGUUAGUCAGUUGUGGUACCUUCUGGGAAACCUCAAAAAUGGAACAACAUACAGCAUGUCGUAUAUAAUUGGAAAUGACACAAGCUCAGUUUUGACUGAUACGACCACCAAUGUCAAUGAUUUCCAGCAGAUUGACACUGGUCUUCGGGCACGCAGUGGCGCAAUGGUGGUGAUCACUGUCAUUCUGUCUCUGGCUAUGGUGUUUCUCCUGGUUGGCAUUAUUCUCAUCUUCUUCUUCUUCUCCAGCUGAGCAGAACAUGGUCACGAAAAACAUUGGGGCGUCAUGGUGGCGCAGUGGGUAGCAUGAUCACCUCACAGCAAGAAGGUCAAUGGUUCGAGCCCCAGCUGGGUCAGUUGGCAUUUCUGUUUGGAGUUUGCACGUUCUCCCUGUGUUCACAUGGAUUUCCUCCGGGUGAUCCGGUUUCCCCCACAGUCUAAAGACAUGCGCUAUAGGUGAAUUGAAUAAGCUUAAUUGGCCGAUGUGUAUGUGUGUACUGUGAAUACAAGAGUGUAUGGGUGUUUCCUAGUGUUGUGUUGCGUCUGAAAGGGCAUCCGCUGUGUAAAACAUAUGCUAGAUGAGUUGGUGGUUUAUUGCGCUGUGGCGACCCCUGAUUAAUAAAUUGACUAAGCUGAAAAGAAAAUGAAUAAACAAAAAACUAUUCACC